GCUGACAGAACGUUCACGAUCUGAGCGUUUUAUGGUUUACCUGUGGUAUACCGAUUGUAUAAGUACAUGGUAUACAUGUACAUGUAAUAGGUAUUGUGUAGUUACACCGGGAUAAAUGACUCUGGAUUCACCAACUUACAGGAAAACGACAAGAUGACUUUAUUAACUGUCGUGUCCAUUGUGCUCUCGGUCACCGUCCUAGUUGGGUGUACUCCAGUCAAAUUUGCUGCCAAUACCAAGAGUAAGCCUGCAACAAAUGGACGGAGUUCUAUACCAAAUAGUUCCAAACCAUUUUCAUUCCGCGGGGCAGCUAAACCAAAGACGGUUGAGUACAGCGGGAAACCCCCUCCUCCUCCAGCCACACCUAAACCCGUUCCCUUCUCGGCCACAGGAAGUAAUAUCAGACCACGCUUUGCAGCGUCAAUGGGUUCAACAGUAGGAAAGAGAGGGCAAGUUUCCACCGCGAAGUCCGCACGUGAGCAGUUUAGCCGAACCAUGCAAUUCGAAAGACCUUCAUUAGCUCUACCCCGAGCGAACAGACGCCAACCAUCAUCUCCACAACGAUCAAAUAUUCAACCAAAGCCUCCGGGAAACGGGGAUAAACCUAAACCACGGCCUAUCAGGCUAAUGCAAUUUUCCGGAAAGGGUCACGUACAUCAAACUCGACAAAAAGGACGCCAGCCAUCACCCGAACAAAGCGGUCGAAGACUUUCUUUACCGUCAAGUAUUCGCCCACAAAUAGAGCAUAGACAUUUACCACCUAAAAAUAACCGCGGGCCAAAUCAACAGGCUAGCCGUCAAGCACCUUCUUCACAAAGUGGCAACCGAGCACUUUCUUCACAAAGUGGCCGUCAGUCAUCCCCUCCACAAAAUGGCCUCCAUCCACCACCUUCUUCACAAAGUGGCCGUCAACCAUCAUCUCCGCGAAGGGGUCGACAGUCACCUCCUCCACAAAAUGGCCGUCAACCACCAUCUCCGCAAAACAACCGUCGACCUAUUCUUAGACAAAGUGGCCGUCAACAACCUCCUUCACAAAGUGGCAGUAAACCAACACCUCCUUCACUAAAUGGCCGUCAACCACCUCCUUCACAAAGUGGCAGUCAAUCAUCUCCUCCGCAAAGUGGCCGUCAACCACUACCUCCACGAAGUGGCAGUCAGCCACCGACUCAAAGUGGCCGUCAACCUGCCCCUCCACAAAGCGGCCGUCAAUUAACUUCCAAACAAAAUGGACGUCAUCUUCCUCCUAAACAAAGUGGCAGUCAACCAACCCCUCCGCAAAGUGGCCGUCAACCACCACUACCACAAAGUGGCCGCCAGCCACCUCCUCCACCACAAAGUGGCCGUCAACCACCUCCUCCACCACAAAGUGGCCGUCAACCACCUCCUCCACCACAAAGUGGCCGCCAGCCACCAUCUCCACAAAUCGGACGUCAACCAUCUCCACCACGAAGUGGCCGUCAACCACCUCCGCCACAAAGCGGUCGUCAACUAACUACUCAACAAAGUGGCAAUCAACCGCGUCCUCCACAAAGCGGCAGUCAACUAUCCCUAAAACAAAGUGACCGUCAGCCACCGACACAAAGUGGUCGUAAACCACCCCUUCCUCAACAAAGCGUCCGUCAAUUAACUUCUCAACAAAGUGGUCGUCAAUCAGCUUCAUUACAACAAAGCCGUCAGGUACAGCCUCAACAAUCACCUAAUCAACAAGGUAGUCGUCGACCAUUUCCUCCACAAAGCGGGCGUCAGCCAACUCCUCCACAAAGCGGGCGUCAGCCAUCUCCUCCACAAAACGGCCGUCAACAAUCUCCGGCACAAAGCGGGCGUCAACCAUCUCCGGCACAAAGCGGGCGUCAACCAUCUCCUCCACAAAGCGGGCGUCAGUCAUCUACUCAACAAAGCGGGCGUCAACCAACUCCUCCACCAAGCGGCCGUCAACCAUCACCUCCACAAACCGGGCGUCAACCAACUCCUCCACAAAGCGGGCGUCAGUCAUCUUCUCCACAAAGCGGGCGUCAGCCAUCUUCUCCACAAAGCGGCAGUCAACCAUCUACUCCACAAAACGGCCGUCAACCAUCUACUCCACAAAGCGGCCGUCAACCAUCUCCUCCACAAAGCGGGCGUCAGUCAUCUUCUCCACAAAGCGGGCGUCAGUCAUCUCCUCCACAAAGCGGCCGUCAACCAUCACCUCCACAAACCGGCCGUCAACCAUCUACUCCACAGAGCGGCCGUCAACCAUCUCCUCCACAAAGCGGGCGUCAGCCACCUCCUCCACAAAACGGCCGUCAACCAUCUCCGCCACAAAGCGACCGUCAACAGUCUCCACAAAGCGGCCGUCAACCAUCACCUCCACAAAUCGGCCGUCAACCAUCACCUCCACAAAGCGGCCGUCAACCAUCUUCUCCACAAAGCGGGCGUCAGCCAUCUUCUCCACAAAGCGGCCGUCAACCAUCUCCACAAAGCGGGCGUCAGCCAUCUCCUCCACAAAGCGGGCGUCAGCCAUCUCCUCCACAGAGCGGCCGUCAACCAUCUAGUCCACAAAGCGGGCGUCAGCCAUCUCCUCCACAAAGCAGGCGUCAGCCAUCUCCUUCACAAAGUGGCCGCCAACAGUCUCCACAAAGUGGCCGUCAGCCAUCUCCUCCACAAAGCGGGCGUGAGCCAUCUCCUCCACAAAGCGGGCGUCAGCCAUCUCCUCCACAGAGCGGCCGUCAACCAUCUACUCCACAAAGCGACCAUCAACCAUCUCCUCCACAAAGCGGGGGUCAGCCAUCUUCUCCACAAAGCGGGGGUCAGCCAUCUCCUCCACAAAGCGGCCGUCAACCAUCUCCACAAAGCAGGGCGUCAGCCAUCUCCUCCACAAAGCGGGCGUAAGCCAUUUUCUCCACAAAGCGGGCGUCAGUCAU